UUCCGUCCCAGCACAAAACCCUCAAUGACGAAUCAGCCCGCCGCCGGCGAACUCCUCCGACAGCCGUACGCGCCACCACCACCACAGCAUCACCACUACCUGGCCGGAUCAUCCUCCUCCUCGACCGCAUCGCUUAAGGGCUGCUGUUGCUGCCUCUUCCUUCUCCUCAUUUUCUUAUCCCUCCUAGCCGUCGCUGUCGCCCUCGUCAUCAUCCUCGCCGUCCGCCCACGGAAACCCGAGUUCGAUCUACAGCGCGUGGGGGUCGAGUACCUUCUCGUGGCACCGGAGCAGAGUGCCAGUGCAGGCGAAACGGCGUCAGCUCCGGCGGCGUACCUUUCGCUGAACAUUUCGCUGUUGUUCACCGCGGAGAACCCAAACAAAGUGGGGAUAAAGUACGAGGCGGCGGAUCUGUACGUUUUAUACCACGGCGUGCCGCUUGGGAUCGCGGCGGUGCCGGGAUUCGAGCAACCGGCACAUAGCACGCGUCUGGUGGAAUCGAGGGUAAGUGUUAGUAGAUUCAAUGUGCUUCAAGCAGAUGCUUUGGAGCUUGUUCGUGACGCCACCGUCAACGACCGUGUCGAGCUCCGGAUCACCGGCGAUGUCGGGGCGAAGAUCCGAGUGCUCGGUUUCACUUCGCCUAGGGUUCAGGUUGGUUCCCCCUUCCUCCAA